CGCUGUGGCUGCUGGCGCCGCUGGCGCUGUGCGUACUACUCCACCACCAAAGCGCGGCCUUGACUCUGUGCGGGAGCCAGCUGGUUGACGCCUUGGCGUUUGUAUGCAACGGGCGAGGCUUCUACGCGGCACCACCAGCUGGCGUGCAGCGGCAGCGGCAGCAGCUAGCGGCAUCACAGAAGCGUGCUGCCUGCGCCUGCUCGCUGCUCGUGCUGGAGCGCUACUGCGCACAGCCGCAGCUGCUCCCGGCAAGUGGCGUUGGUGGCCACGCUGCUGCUGCCUGUUUAGCGAGCGCUGCGGCAGCGGCUUCCUCACCGAGCGGCCAAGUGGCCACCGCCGCUUCUUUCGUGCUGCGUGGGGGCGACGGGACCGUAGCCCCCCUCCUCCAGUGCUACCGCAGCCCCCGGGAGAGCUGCCUGGCCUGGGGGGGCGGGGCGCCCCCACCCCCCGCCUCCUCCCGCUCCCCCACCCCGACCUGCCCGGCCCGCCUCGCCCGCCUCGCCCGCCUGCUCCUCCGCCCGCCGCCCCGCGUCCUGCCCCUCGGCGGGCUAGGGGCGGCGGUGGAGCGCUCGGACGCGCGGGCCCCGUACGGCCUGGCGGUCUUCGCCGACGCGGGGUACCUCGCCCUGGCCGCCGACGACGAGGCCCAGAGACGGGCCUGGCUGGGGGCCCUGCGGGCUCACCUCCUGCCGGCGGCGGGCGGCGGGGCCGGGCCGCCGCUGGCCGCGUGGGAAGGGCGGCUGUGGAGCCGCCGCGGGGCGGCGGAGGUGCGUGCGGGGCCCUGCCGCGUCUACGUCCACGCCGGGAGCCUGCGCUUCGCGAGCCCCGCGACGGGGCCACUCGCAGACGCCACGGCGGUGACCCUCAAGCUGGCGGACAUCAAGUGCUACGGACACGUCCGCCAUUGCUUCUCCGUCACGUGGGACACGCACUCGGAGCUUGGAGUUGGACGGAUCCGGAUGAAGCUGGAGGAGGGUGCGGCGGCGGCGGCGGCGCUGCACGGCGCGGUUCUGCGCGCCCGGCUGAGGCUGCCCAGCCACGAGCUGGGGAAGGAGGACGACGCAGGAGACGUUGAAUGUCAAGCCGCUGGGUCCAAGUCAACCGAAAAUUGAAAUCAACCGGCCCCUCGGGCGACCGGGGAAAAGCAUUCCGUGAGGACAUUUAGCCAGAGCCGGCGUGCUGGCAAGGCCUGGCUAUGUGAAUUCAGACGAAAGCCUGUCGUGCAGGUGGGUGUAUCGCCCUACGUGGCUGUUAUUGUACGGCGUGUGGUGUCGUGGUUGUCUCGGCUAACUUGAUUUCUCGACACGCUCCGGACAGGCUCACGGAGUAACAUACACGCCGGGCCACGUAGAGCUUUGCCACCCGUACAGCCACACCGGCGACGUACAACUCUAUAGCUGGCUGGCUGUGCGACGACGACGACGACGAAGAGACGGCAGUGAUGACAGCGACGACAGCCUUGACCCGAGACCACCACGACAGCCCCAAACCCCCACUUGCCUCUCCCUUAUAUUUGCCCAGCGUGGCCACGCCCACCUCUGGAACUCUCUCGCUGGUUCCAGGAGCUUCCCAGUGAAUCCCCACCUUGAGCCUUGCCCCAGUUAACGUGCCCCUUGUGGGUUCGGCCGUUGUAUGACGCACCCGCACCUCUA